CCCACGGGAGGAUUGGUUUUCACCCUAAACUUCUGACCCCGACAAUGGACCACAGGUGGUCUUCUGUCGUCUAAAGAGAGGGCAGAGAGGACGAGACGGGGCUGUUAAAGAUGAGGCAGGAGAGGAAGAAGGAAAGGAAAAAAGGUUCCAGGGAUAGAGGAGGGGUGUCGAGUUUCCACCUGGCUGCACGGUGACAGGACAGAUCCCCUCCCUCUUGUCUGCAGAAAAGCAGCCGAACCUCUUCACCUUUGCCAGGCCACCUCUCCAACACUGGACUGCUCAGUAGUUUCCCAGGGAAGUUUGUCAUCCGAUUUCCUUUUUUGUUUUUACUUCAAGAGAAAGGAAAUUCACCUGUCCUGUCUAUGAAAGCAACAUGAGGCUUUCAGUCUUUUAGUCUGGCUUUUAGAGUGAUCUAUCUUAGAAUACACUGGUCUGAGGUGUGUAUUUUUCUUUCCUAGCUGCCAUAAUGCUUCAACACCCAGGGGUUCCCCUCCUGCGGGAGACUGGGAUGACUGCACCUGAUCCCAGGAAAGGAGGCUAAGAGAAAGGACAAAAGGGAAGCCAACAGCGGGACAAGAAACUACUAACGAACCGUGCAAGAACUCAGUGCUCAAGCUAAAAUGCUCAAUAGCAGCUGUCUGGAACGUGAGGAACUAGAGCUGGAAUGGUGUGUCUGACUCCUAACAACACUGUGAGAGGUGGGAGGAGAGGCUGGCUCCCAUUCAGAGGGAGGGACUCGGAGAGCAUGGAGCUUCAUUCACUCUGCUAAACACACACACACACACACACACACACACACACACACAUGGUCUGCAAGGCUGUUCUCAGGCUGAGAGAAAAGAGAGGAGCAGAGGAGAGGAGAGGACAGCACGCUCGCUGAGUGGUGACUGACAGAAAAAACAGAGACACUGAGGGACAGAAGGGUUCAUCCAACCCUGGAGAGCAGGGAGAUUUCGGAUCCUCUAACUUGUAAAGAAGACACACUGAUCCGGGUGGAGGUACCGGGCCUUGGCUCCCAGGACCUCCAUUAUGUCCCGGAGGAGGUCUACAGGCGACCUGGUGCCCAGGGACAUCACUGAGAUCUUAGCCCGAGAGGCGAGGGCUCAGCGUGGGCAGAAGAAGCCAGGAAGUUCACUGGGACAGGCCUUCAGCUGGUUAAAGGGGAGCCGCAAGAAAAAGUGCAUCACUAAUGGGCUGAACCGUUCUGGUGUUGGUGUGACGGAUGCCAAACUGGGACAUCAGAACCAUGACCCUGCUAAAGGUGGCGAUGAGGAGCUUUCUGACGUGACUCUGGCAGAAUCACCUGGCCCAAAGGGGAAUGAAGACCAGAAGAGGUUGACCGUCCACUACAGGACCUCUCAGCACUACCAGGAGAAUGUUUUUAUCGAGGGCAGCAGGCCACAGUACCUGGAGGACCUGCACACUGAGGCCCAGGAGGGGCUCAAGAUACUACAGCAGGAAGAACACCAGAAUGGAGUGAACUUUCAAGACAAUGAGAGCAUUGCUUCCACAGACACUCUGCGUCCGGAGCAGGAUAUCAGCUCCAAGGACGGAGGUGGCUCUCCGGAGGCGAGAUCAACCACCGGGAGUACUGAUACCACAGUAACCUCUGCUGUGUCGAAUAGGCCUGUGCUCACCCACCAAGGUUCUACAUUCAAACCUCUGAAUCCAGUGAAAAGAUUAGAUAAGAGCAGGAAGAGGAACAGGAGGACCACUAUCAUGGGUAUCCCCAACCAGGUCCAGAAAGAACUUGCUUUGCACAGAAUCUCAACCUUCCAGCAGCUUGGUUCUACCCCUAAUCACGAUGGACAGAUCAAAAACAGCCAACCAGGUGUUGUUAUCAUUCCAACGUUUGAUGGAGGGACUACAGUAGCAAAUAACGAGGGAGCAAGAGUGCACCUCUCGGAGCUCGAGCAGGCAUCCAGAGAUGAACAGCUGUUGAGGAAGCACCUCCAGGCAGUGUACCAAGACGAGCAGCCUUUAAACCAACAGGGCUUAGGCUCAUAUCUCUGCCCCCCAGCCCUGAGACCUAGGUCUGUUGCCGUACCUGGCAUGACCACUUCCUCUUCCUUCUCACCUUCAACAUUGUUUAACUUCCUGCAGGAACCCCAGGGCCCAGUGAUGUCCAUAUCUCCUCAGGCUACCUACUUGUCUACAAUCAUCCCUAAUGCGGUCUUGCCAGCCUCAAUCGAAGUCAUAGAGAUUGACCGUAGCAGCAGCCGGACACGUGGCAGCAGUGUAAAUCAUGGUGGUAGUGUUCGUACUGUAAGCAAAAGCAGCCUGGCAUCUGGGGACUCAUCUGUCAGCCCUUUGUUGUCCAGAAGAUCAGAUGGUGAUGGUUCCCAGACGGACAAUUCCCACGACUCCACAGCGAUACCCACAUCUACUUCGGGUUCGAACUGGAGCGAGUCUUCAAAGACGAUUAUUUCAAACUCCUCCCCUGUAUCCUCCAAGGGUAGUACACAAAGUCGUAAAUCACAGAAGGUGUGUCUAAAUGGGCAGGAAAGCCAGACGGAGCAGUCAAGUGGUGACCAAGAUGUUGUCAGUCUCCGUAGUUCAGUUAGCAUGAUAAGCAACACCAGCACCAAAAAUGACACUGUUGUUACAGGUCAAGCAUCUGAGUCUGGUGUUUCAGAGACAGUGGCUGCCGGGGAGGACGCAAAGACCAAACAGAAUUUCACUCGUAGUCUGUCGGUUAUGAAGACCAAGCAACCGCCGGCACCUCCGCGGAGAACAAACUCUCUGCAUAAUAAUAAGUUUAGGAGCAACACCAAAGUUCUGGUGGAGAGCAAAGAGCUCAGUGACUCUGUGUCUGGAGAUGCGUCAAAUGCCACCGAAAAUAUUGUAGCAAAGGAGGAGAUAGAAUCGAUUAAUGCAGGUACCAGUAAGAGCCCCAUCACAGUCCCACGCUCCACUGGGUCCAGCUCCCCAAAUACUUCCUCCAAUCCUCUGAGCCACACACAGGCCUCUUCCAGUGAGGUAGUAGGAGCAGCAGAAUACAGCAGCUCCUCUCCACAGAAAACUCCCUCGGAAGGGGGUAAAUUUGAGCGGACCAUGUCCCCUUCCAGUGGCUACUCCAGUCAGAGUGGCACGCCAACACUUUCCCCUAAAGGGAUCUCUCCAACCUCCCCUGAAAAAGAGAAGAAGAAACCAAUCAAACCAGAGAGAUCUGUGUCUCGAGCUUCAUCCUCAGCAGCCUCUCCUUCGUCCUCUCUUACCUCUCUAUCAUCCGGCACAUCUGAACCUGUGAAUCAAGAUGUUUCCCCAUGUAACCCUAGUCUGCCUCAGCAGGGACUUCCACCUACUGUUGCUGCAAAAGAACUCACUCCAGAUAACAAUUCUUCAACUAUGAGCGUUGAAGUCAGAGAACGGAUGAAUAUACCACCUCCUCCCAAAGUCAAAGCGCCAUGUCCUCCUCCUCCAGAGGCCUGGGUUCACAACAAACGCUCCUUUGAGCUACUGUUUGGGCCCUGUCCAAAUAUCAGCAAAGUAAACCAGAAACCAGCACAGAUACAAGAGAGCACAGUUAAACAAGCAGGAACACAGACCGAGGCCAGCGAGGAGAUGCAACAUCUGGUGGAAAAACAAUCAGCCAUGGAUAAAUCUGUCUUAGAAUUGACAGAAAGCAAAGCAGAGUCUGAGAGAUUGUUAGCAACAGGUCCCAAAGGUGUUGACAAGGUGCUGGAGAAUAGGGAGUGCUCUGGUACUGAACAAGAGAGGACUGAAGCAGACGCUCAGAGACAAGAGCAGAGCACUAGCCUUGUUGUGAAGGACCCUGAGAUUCAAGCGAUGACUCAAAAGAAAGACCCCCCUCCUGUCAUGAAGAAACCCACAACAGUACUGCACAGAGAGGAACUGGUGUCAGCAGAGCACUCAGUGGAAGGACAGCAAAGGAAAAUGAGUAACAGUCCCUCAACAGAACUUCAGUUACCUGUUGAGAGCCACAGACAGAAUGGGGAUAUAGAUUUAGCUGAUAAGAGCGAGAAGGACAUGGACAAGUCUAAGGUCACAUCCAUGCAGAUGCUUUCUGUAGAGGUCCCCAAGAUAGGUAAGGCCUCACCACCAGCUACCCCUCCCCCAGCAUACCAUCCUACACCUCCUCUGUCCAGAAAGACACCUCCGUCAUCAGUGUCUACACCACCAGAUGAAUUAGAGAGGGUACAGGAGGAGAUCCAAGUUGUAGAUUCCUGCUGGCCACCUCCUCCGCCUCCCAUGGAAGGGGACUCUGUCUUUGAUGGAGGAGAUGAGGUUGACUUCCCUCCACCUCCUCCACCCUUUGUGACUGAAAGUAUGCCAGAUGUGAUGGACAGUUGUAGCACAGAGCAGGCUGUCUCACAAAGUCCCACAGAGAAAGUCGGAGAGACAGUUGAGGAUUCAAGUCAAGCUGUGAUGUCUGUACAUGAACAAAUUCCAGAUUUGCCCUCUGCUGUUCCUGAAACAGUAACUGACGCUGAACCAGAGGUUGUUCUGCAAGUUUCUAAAGCUAACACAGUCAAUGAGAUGUCUGACAGACCAGUGCAAAAUGUUUCAUCAGUUCCUGAGAGUGUCCCACCUCCACCAGUGGAAGCCCUUUCUUUGCCACUUAUUACAAGAGCAGAGAGCCCAGUAACAGUUUCUGCUAUCGUUCCUCCCAGUAGCUUCCUGAGGCGAGACUCUCUGAAGACUGAAGAUCAGCCUCCCACUGAGCCUCCCAUCAGUACCCAACCUCCAAUACCUGUCCCAGUGGCACCACCUUUACCAGCAGAGACUUUAAACCAUGGGGUUAAUUUCCGAAGGCAGCCCAGUGUAGCAAAUCGAGAUGCCAGGAGCAAAGAGCUACUUUCCCGCCACAAAAGUGCACCCAUUCCCAAAGAAGAUGCUAACAUACCUCUAGUCACCCCCUCCCUGCUUCAGAUGGUUCGCCUCAGAUCAGUCAACAUGACUGAAGACCAGGUGACGGCUCCAUCAGAGGACAAGUCAACAAAUGAGGGAGCUCCAGUUCAGGAGAAUUACCCAGUCUCAAUCCCAGGGCCUCACAGCACUCCUCAGAAGCCCGUCCGCAAGUCUCUGUCGCUAAAAUCUCCUCCACAUGCAGUAAAAACAUCCUCUGUGACACUCAACACCCCUUCAAUGCGCUUACAGGAAGCCAUACGCAUGAAAACUGCAGCCAUGUCAUCAAGAGAUGGUCUUCCACCACGACUGGGUGUGAGAUCAUCCACUUUCAGCUGUGUCAGUGAACAGGGGGCUCUGGCCAUGAGAUCACCUGAAGGAUGUGACAUGCACAAGUCCCCGGCCUCCACCGCCAGCUUCAUCUUCUCCAGGAGCAUGAAAAAGGUUGUCAUAGAGACUGCAGCCUCCUCCUCCCCUGAAGCUCAGGCAAGUCUGAAGCAAAGCUUGGCAGCCGAGCUCAUGCAGGUGUCUGACCAAUCAAAGGCCAUCACUUUCUCUAAUGGUGGGAUGAAGUCUGACAAAGUUCCUCCACCAGUAGCUAAGAAACCAGCCCAUGGGAGCAUCAGUCCUUCACACAAUCUUCCUGCUUGUGCAGCAAAAAUGGACUUCAGUGUUGAAGGAAACGAAGCAAUAGGAGGAGUUCAAUAUAUGAGUGGAAUAUCACAUCCUGAGACAACAACCACGAGAGUGACAGCGGACACAAUUGAAACACUGUUUUGAAAAGAGAGUUGCGGCUAUUAACUGAGGAUCGUGCCAGAUGAGCACGCAAAGACUCCAAGCAAGUAAAAGGACAACUCAAAGCAAGGACUGAUGUUACUGAGAGACGUUUAACUCGACUAUCAGAGUGUUGUGUGUGCUCAGUCUUCUCUUCAAAAGCCUUAGCCUGUAAUGGCCUUCCUACAUAUUUAUGCAAAAAAAAGUGUCACUCCCAGUUUCUUAUGAUAGCUUUAUUCUGAAGUAUUUUUCUAAGCUAUAGUCUAUUAAGGCCCCUCAGGAUGAAAUGGUGUACAUUAGCUGAACUGUAAAUAUUUGGCUUGUGUGAGAGCGCCUCCCAGAGGUAGAAGUAGGUAGUGGUAACUGCAGCUCAGAGAAAAGGGUUUGUCUUGACUUAGCAUUUAUGUACAGAGGUUUACUGUCUGUUAAGUCUUUUUUUCCCUGUUGUAAUAUUAUACAAACGUUCCAUGGGGAUUCAAGCAGUUGUCAGAAAAGGCUGAUAAUUACAUCCAAUACAGGUCAAAUCAGUAUUUUAUCACUUUCUUUGCUUGAAAUCUGGUAAAGCAAAUUGUCAGGCCCAGUUUCACUGUGUUUAAAUAUAUCAGGAAUAGCAUUUGAGAAAAAGGGAUGCUGCAUAAGAGUGAGAAUAAGAUAUUUUGUAAGUUAGGACAAAGGGCACUUUUGUAAAGCUACAGUUGAUAAACCAGUAAGAUUUAACACAGAGACGCAUCUGAUUACAGUAACUGCUGUAACGUUGGUUAGAUGCUUCGAUAUAAUCUGCACAAUCUUCCUCCUGGGUUUAAUCGAGGUCAGCCCUACACAUUCAGAUAAAGGUAACACAAGUAUCCUAUUUAUUUAUGUGUGGUUGUUUCCACUAGUAGCACUGUCAGUCACCUUUCCUUCCGAAAUCUGAAAUAUUUAAGAAUAUAUUUCAUCUGAAAACCACUUUUAGGGCUAUGGAUGUGACGAUUGGCCCUGGAUGAUUGAUACACUGGAGUAGGCUUAGUGUGAGGUCACAGUUUUUAUUAAAUGCUCUGCAUCUAAAACUUCGGCCCGAAGCCUUUGUGGUGGAAAAAUCCAGCUCUUCACUAUUUGCACAGAAUGCUUUUCCCUAGCAAAAUCAUUGGUGAGUAAAUAAUACUGACCUUUUGUAAUGGGUCAGAAAUUGACAUCUUGAUGAUUAUAAAGAAUUAUGUACAGUUAUUACUUCUAUAAAUAAAAUGUAUGUGUAUUAAAUAUGUGGUCUCCUCUUUUCUGUCUUCUAAGAUCUGUACACAUAUAAUAUUGCUACCUUAAUACAAAUAUACUUCAUUUGUGCAGACCACAAUUCAGCCAGCGUUUAUUCCAUAUUAAGAGAUGAUGCAAUAUUUGAUUAUGACAGUUAAACUCCAGAUAAUUAUUUCUGUACAACACUUGCCCAGAUGCAACCGUUCCAUGUCUUACAGUUCAUCACAUACUGAUUUUUACACACAUCUGAUGUCUGAAACUAAUAAAACCAUUCUAAUUAAUUAGAGCUUGACAGAUUGGUCACUGCCCUGACAUUUACAAUGAAGGCCACUGACACAAUGUGGAGCCGACUGAAACAUUAAGUCCCUUUGCAAACACCUGAGAAUCCUUAUCAGCUACAUCCAGGAACAACCAGCUCUGCAACAUUCCAAAUUACAUUUUCUGAGUAGUAAUGUGUCUCUUUGACAGAAACAGUGUCAUAUAUGUAUAAUCAAGUGUGCUAAUAACACCAAAUAAUCCCAGGUAAAA